CGGGACUGUGGGCGUGUCCGGGGCGCGCGCAACGGACGCGCGAUCCCGAGUGAAAGAAGAAGGAGGGGCACCGGGGGUGACGGUGCGGGAGCUGCUGCUAGCGCCCGGGCGAGAGUCGGCGGCCCGCGUCUGUGGAGAAGGUGGGCUAGAAACCAGUUCAGCUGCCCGGACGCUCGGGACUCGUCCCCACAUCAGAGCAGCAGUGGUUUCUGGUUAAGAGGGGAGGCGCUGCCAAGCCCCAGAAGGGGAAGAUGUUCAACGUGGAGUCUGUGGAGCGGGUGGAGCUGUGCGAAAGCCUUCUCACUUGGAUCCAGACAUUCAAUGUAGAUGCACCAUGCCAGACUGUGGAAGAUUUAACGAGUGGGGUUGUGAUGGCCCAGGUUCUUCAAAAGAUAGAUCCUGUAUAUUUUGAUGAAAAUUGGCUAAACAGAAUCAAAAUGGAAGUCGGAGAUAAUUGGAGACUAAAGAUAAGCAACUUAAAGAAAAUUUUAAAAGGAAUCCUGGAUUACAAUCAUGAGAUUUUAGGACAGCAAAUUAAUGACUUUACCCUUCCUGAUGUGAACCUUAUUGGGGAGCAUUCUGAUGCUGCAGAACUUGGAAGGAUGCUUCAACUCAUUUUAGGCUGUGCUGUCAACUGUGAACAGAAGCAAGAGUACAUCCAAGCCAUUAUGAUGAUGGAGGAAUCUGUUCAACAUGUUGUCAUGACAGCCAUUCAAGAGUUGAUGAGUAAAGAAUCCCCUGUCUCUGUUGGAAAUGAUGCCUAUGUGGACCUUGACCGCCAGUUGAAGAAAACAACAGAGGAACUAACCGAGGCUUUGUCAGCAAAGGAAGAAAUUGCUCAAAGAUGCCAUGAAUUGGAUAUGCAGGUUGCAGCAUUACAAGAGGAGAAAAGUAGUUUGUUGGCAGAGAAUCAGAUAUUAAUGGAAAGGCUCAAUCAGUCUGAUUCUAUAGAAGAUCCUAACAGCCCAGCAGGAAGAAGGCAUCUGCAGCUCCAAACCCAAUUAGAACAGCUCCAAGAAGAAACAUUCAGACUAGAAGCAGCCAAAGAUGAUUAUCGAAUACGCUGUGAAGAAUUAGAAAAGGAAAUCUCUGAACUUCGGCAACAGAAUGAUGAACUAACCACCUUGGCGGAUGAAGCUCAGUCUCUAAAAGAUGAAAUAGAUGUUCUUAGACAUUCAUCUGAUAAAGUGGCUAAACUGGAAGGUCAAGUGGACUCAUACAAAAAGAAGCUAGAAGAUCUUGGUGAUUUGAGGCGGCAGGUUAAGCUGUUAGAAGAGAAGAAUACUAUGUAUAUGCAGAACACUGUCAGUUUAGAGGAAGAGUUACGAAAAGCCAAUGCAGCUCGAAGUCAACUUGAGACAUAUAAAAGACAGGUAGUAGAACUGCAAAAUAGAUUAUCUGAAGAAUCAAAGAAAGCUGAUAAAUUAGAUUUUGAAUAUAAGCGACUGAAAGAAAAAGUUGAUGGUCUUCAAAAAGAAAAGGAUCGGUUAAGAUCCGAAAGGGAUUCUCUGAAGGAAACCAUUGAAGAGCUUCGUUGUGUGCAGGCUCAGGAAGGGCAGCUCACAACUCAAGGGUUAAUGCCUCUGGGAAGUCAAGAGUCUUCAGAUAGUCUGGCAGCAGAAAUUGUUACGCCUGAAAUCAGGGAGAAACUUAUUCGUCUUCAGCAUGAGAAUAGGAUGUUAAAACUUAACCAAGAAGGUUCAGACAAUGAAAAAAUUGCCUUAUUGCAGAGCCUUCUAGAUGAUGCAAAUCUACGUAAGAAUGAACUGGAGACAGAGAAUAGGCUGGUGAAUCAAAGACUUCUGGAAGUACAGUCACAAGUUGAAGAAUUGCAAAAAUCUUUACAGGAUCAAGGCUCAAAAGCAGAAGAUUCAAUUCUCCUAAAAAAGAAGCUUGAAGAACAUCUAGAGAAGCUACAUGAAGCCAAUAAUGAACUGCAGAAGAAGAGAGCCAUUAUUGAAGAUCUUGAACCAAGAUUUAACAAUAGCUCAUUAAAAAUUGAAGAAUUACAAGAAGCUUUACGGAAGAAAGAGGAGGAAAUGAAGCAAAUGGAAGAACGAUAUAAAAAAUACUUAGAGAAAGCCAAAAGUGUUAUCCGUACUUUAGAUCCCAAACAGAAUCAAGGAGCGGCACCAGAAAUACAAGCUCUUAAAAAUCAACUCCAAGAACGGGAUCGACAGUUCUAUUCAUUAGAGAAAGAAUUUGAGAAAACCAAGAGUCAAAGAGAGAUGGAGGAGAAAUACAUUGUUAGUGCCUGGUAUAAUAUGGGAAUGACUCUGCAUAAAAAGGCAGCUGAAGAUAGACUUGCUAGUACAGGUUCAGGGCAGUCCUUUCUGGCUAGGCAAAGACAAGCCACCAGCUCAAGAAGAUCUUACCCAGGCCAUGUUCAACCAGCCACAGCAAGGUAGAGAAGUCUUGCCGUUAGAAAUACAGAACAACCUGCAUCAAAACAUACUUCUGUUACAGAUAACAACAUUUCAGGAAAUUCAGCCAGCUUAUGUUUUGUCUUCAUUGUAUGUUAAUACUUAGUUGUUUUUGAUUUUAGGACUUUCUCUCUCUCUCCUGUAUCUGUGUUUUAGUUUCUCUGUCCUUUAUUUUGUAGUCCUUUAAGUUCCUUUUAAUGUGCCAAAAUUUUUUAAUGCCCAGUUAACAGUGUUGUAUAAUAGUGUAAUACUUUUCUUUGUAUGAAAAUGCCCUUUUCCCCAAUGAUGUAGGCUUUGUAAUGAAUUAAAUUUUCUGCCAAUAAUUGAUAUACAAUUUAUAUUGUUAAUUGUGCCUCGGUGUUACCAUGCUUUAUAAGAAUGUCUUUGUUUAAAGGGAAUUAAUCUUUUUAUGAUGUAUUAAUCGGUGUUUUAAAUUGUUUUCCACAUGCACUUCAAGUAACUUGCAUACUUACUGUAUAAAAUGGUUGAAAAAGUGCACUUUUUGCAAAGACGUAAAUACAUUGGCAGAGGUGCUAACAAAUGUUACAUAAGGCACCUGAUAAGAUUAUUUAGAGGGGAAAAAAAUAGUUUUCAUAUUAUUUUAUAGGAACUUAAAUUUGUCCAAAGAUUUGAAAACUAUUUUUAAAACAUAAAUUCAUAGAAUUUCA